UUUUCAACUCAUGAAGCGGUGAGAACGAUAACCUAUUUGAAUGCAUUCGCCGGUAAUCACUGACGGCUAAUUUCUUCAACUGAAUUCUUCCCAGGAAGAACAGUAGCAGAAAUUUCAAACGAGGAUAGCGAAAUCGAAAGCGAAAGGUGUUGGAAAUCGGAAUCAAAUCUUCUCGAAAUCGAAUGCUAAUCCGAUUGUAAUUCAACGCCAUUCACGGUUCAUGCCAUUGGUAGUUUGUUGAAUUAUCUUAAUGGGUAGCCAAGAAGUGAGACAGCCAAUGUUACCAACAUCAUCUAAUACCUUCGUAACAAGGUCAAUAGAUAUUCCGAGAAGCAAAAGACGAUUGAGGCGCACUAAGAGUGCUCCUCAUUCGGAUUCUCCUCAUACAGAGACCACUGGCACCGUUACUGGUCUAGUUCCACGUUCAGGAUUAGUUUUCGGAAAUCUACACCCGAGUUUUAUAAGAGUAGCCUUAGUUUUAAUAAUGUACUUGGGCAUAGGAACUUUAUGUUUCUACCUUGUCAGGCACCAAAUCAAAGGGGGAAAAACCAACGGAGUAGUUGAUGCCGUUUAUUUCACUAUUGUGACAAUGACAACCGUUGGAUAUGGUGAUCUUGUCCCAAACACUCCUUCCACCAAGCUACUAGCUUGUGCUUUUGUCUUCACAGGAAUGGCCGUAGUUGGCCUAAUCUUAAUCAAUGCAGCUGAUUAUUUGGUAGAGAAGCAGGAAAUCUUUCUAUUUAAGGCCUUCCAUAUGCACCAAAAUGGUUCUUGCGACAUUACAGAAGAAAUUGAUACUAAUAAAGCUAGAAAUAAGUGUAUAGUGGUGUUUCUUUUUCUUCUUUUGUUCAUAAUUUUUGGGACUGUGUUUCUAGUUACCCUUGAGGAGUUGGAUUUUAUUGAUGCCUUUUAUUGUGUAUGUUCUACCAUUACUACAUUAGGCUAUGGAGAUAAAAGCUUCUCGACCCGGUGGGGGCGUCUAUUCGCCAUUUUCUGGAUCUUGAUAAGUUCCAUCACUCUGGCUCAGUUUUUCCUUUAUAUUGCUGUGCUAAACACUGAGAGAAGGAAAAAAUCUUUGGUGAAGUGGGUUCUAAGUAAAAAGGUGACGGUGUUGGACCUCGAGGCUGCGGAUCUCGAUGAUGACGGGGUCGUCGGGGCUGCAGAAUUUGUCAUAUACAAGCUGAAGGAGAUGGGGAAAAUCACUGAAGAUGACAUUUCACCUGUUCUGGACGAAUUUGAGAAUCUUGAUGUUGAUCAAUCAGGAACAUUGUCCAUAUCUGAUAUAACACUUUCUCAAUCAUCUUAACCAUAGAGGAUGUUGGUUGCCUUCAUCGACACGAGUUAAAUUGUUUUUUUGUAA